AUGCACUUCGAACCAGUGAGGGAGCGUGAUGGAAAGGUGGUGCUGUGGAGGGCCAACCCUUCGCGCUGUAUCGUCACCGACCACUACCGCCGCAACUGGACCUGCGUCUCAGAAUUCGAGGUGCGCUCCGACGACGUGUGGGUCGUCUCAUUCCCCAAGUGUGGAACAACAUGGACCCAGGAAAUGGUGUGGCUCAUUGGACACAACUGCGAUUUCGAGACUGCGAAGAAGAUCAAUCUGGAAGACAGAUUUCCGCAGAUUCAGAACAUGACCAUCGGCGGCGACGUGCCAGACGGGGAACUGGAGACAGUGCAGAAGGUGGCCAAAUUGACGCCGCCACGCUACAUCAAGAGCCACCUGCCCAAGGAGCUGCUUCCCACCCAGAUCUGGACCAAGAGGCCCAAGGUGAUUUACGUCUCCAGAGAGCCAAAAGACGCGGCACUAUCUUAUUACCACUACUAUAACCUGGUUUAUGGCUUCAGAUUCACGUUUGAGCACUUUGUGGACUGGUUCAUGAUGGAUCAAAUACCUUUCACUCCGUUCUGGGAUCACGUACUCGAUUUCUGGAAACUGAGGAAUGAACCAAAUGUACUGUUCAACACGUAUGAAGAAAUGAUGAAGGAUCUUCCGAGGGUGAUCAGGCGAACAGCGAAAUUCAUGGGAAAACAUGUGAGCGACGAGCAGAUGGAACAACUCUGUGAGCAUCUUAGCUUCUCCAACAUGAAGAACAACCCCGCUGUCAACCAGCAAGCGAACACCGCUAAAAUCAGGCAACAGAAUGGCCUCGGCGAACUGCCGAAAAAAGAGCCAACUGAAGCGGAGAAAGCUGGCGCGGAUCCCACCAACUUCAUGCGCCGCGGCGAGGCUGGUGGCUGGCGCACAGAGAUGCCUGCCAGCUACAUCGAGAAGUUCGACCAGUGGACGCUGAAGCAUAUCCAAGCCACUGGCUACCAGGUGGGCGUAUCUGGCGGACACGACGACUUCUAA